AUGAAUUCAACGACACAGAAAAGCACAGCUGGAGAUUUCCCGAAGACGACCACUACGAGCAUGUCUGCCACGUCGGAGACGACAACGACGGCUCCAACGAGUACAACCACAGAGAACCCCUAUGAUCGAAGUAACGAAACAUAUGUUGAUGAAAAUGGAACUGAUGACAACAGUACAUUGGUUGACGAGGACGACACGCAGUGGGCUCGGCGAGUACGCAAGGCGAUCGGGUGCCCAAAUGGUUGGAUACGCUACCACGACUCCUGCUAUCACAUGGAAUUCAUGAAAAUGGAACGAGAAAGCGCCCAGAGGGCGUGUGUCGAGAAAGGCGCGACUUUGUUCGUUGCCGACUCGGAGGAAGAGUUUAAGGAAAUCGCUACUCAAUCACCGUUGUACUUCUGGAGUUGGAUCGGACUCGCACAGUACGAUGGUACCAACAGACCGGAGUGGACCGGCUCUGCUGGCAUGGACCCAACCAAAAUCAAAUGGCUGAUUUCUCCAUUUUCGUCGAUGGCUAACGGUUGGUCGAAAGUGGCAACGU